GUCUAGUCCUCCCAACGGAUCGAAUCGAACCAAAAAGAGGCAGGCGAGGCGAGUGCCGGAGCGAGACGACGGAAACUGCACCAAGAUCUCACACCACAUUUACUGCUUCCCAUAAAUAAAUGCAAUGCAUCCAUGAGCAUGAGCGAGAUGCAGCCAUAAAAAGGCCAACCAAAACACCCCCCCUCCCCCCUCUCCCCUCCUCCUUCGAUUUGCACCCUCCCCAAAUCUCCCACUGCUGCCCCAUUUCAGUCUCCCUCGUCCUCCGCCCCGCGGCCGCCCAUGAGGAUCAGGAGGCGGCCUCCGGGCCAGCCUAUCGCCUACCUGCUGCCCUCAGAUCCAUACCCCGCGCCCCAGUCGUCGUCGCCGCCGCCUGCGUCGCGAGAUCAUCAGGAGCGCGCUCCUCCUCCGCCUCCGGGGGACAAGCAAGGAGACGGGGAGUUGCACUACUUGCACCCCGCAACAAAUGAUUCCUCCGCCGCGGAUCUCGGGGACCCCCGCUCCUCCUCCUCGCCGCUCAAGCGCCCGGCAUUGCCGCCGCAGGACGGCGUGGUGGAGGGCAGCAGGGGUCUACUACUACUACUAGGCGCGCAACAAGAACAAGAACAACAACAACAGGGGCCUGCAGACGGCCGCACCAGAAGCCUAGAGAAGAAUGGUCUCCAUCGCCACGUGCCGGAGCCAGUGACGAACCAGGCUAGCAAUAACAGCGUUGCCGCCGCAGCGGCAGCGGUGGUGACAACGACAGCAACAACGGGCGCGAAGGCUUCUUCUUCCAAGAAGAAGCAGCAAGUGACAAAGAAUGCCACCAGCGUCGGCGUGAAGAGGGCGCCGCCGAGCCCAAGCAAGGAGACAGCGGGGUCACGGUGCAGCCGGAAGAACGGGCGCGGGUGGCGGUGCAGCCAGCCGACGCUGGGGGGCUACGCCCUCUGCCAGUACCACCUCGGCAAGGGCCGCAUCAAGAGUGGGAGCGCCGAGACCGGCGGCCGCGGCCCCGGCCAGCUCGGCCGCACCGAGCACGCCAAUAAGAAAACCUCCGCUGCCGCUGCCGUGGCCCCGGCCACCCCCGCCGCGCCCAAGGCGGUCGUGCCGCCUAAAACCUCCGCUGCUGUCGUGGCCCCGGCGGCUACCGCCACCGCGCCCAAGGCGGACGUGCCGCGCGCCUCUGCCGCCGAGCGUGCAGCAAUGCUAGGCGCCUAGCUAGGCGCGCAUGGCAUGGCUGGUUGAGAUCCGUCUACCAUGGGGACGCGCGAAUUAAGAUUCUUGGACAUGCAUCGUUGUGGGGUUGCAUAUAAUCCUGGUGGGUGGUGGCGACUGGAUUCUUUUGUUGCGUUUCUAAACAUGUACAUGUUGUGGUGCCGUACCCUGUGGUGAAAUUUUUGCGGCGGAUUAAUUAGUUGUUAAUACCAAUCUUUAUUUUGUUC